AUGGCAACUUUGAGGCAAAUGCCGUUAACGUGCAGUGGACACACAAGACCCGUGGUGCAUUUGGACUUCAGCGAAGUAACGCAAAGCGGUUAUUUCCUAAUUUCAGCAUGUAAAGACGGGAAACCGAUGUUAAGACAGGGCGACACCGGUGAUUGGAUAGGCACUUUCGAAGGUCAUAAGGGGGCUGUUUGGGGUGUGGCUCUCAAUUCGGAGGCGACCAGGGCUGCUUCAGGGGCCGCGGAUUUCUCUUGCAAAGUUUGGGACGCCGUCAGCGGCGAGGAGUUGCACAAUUUCCAACACAAUCACAUAGUGAAGAGCGUCAGGUUUAGCAGCAAGAACAGCAAUUUGCUGGUUACCGGUAGCAACGAGAAGUUAGUUAGGAUAUUCGAUCUGAAUAACCCGGAAGCGAGUCCGGAAGUGUUUACGGGACACACGGCCGGCAUCAAGCACGCGCUGUUUUUCCGCGACGACACGCAGCUGAUCAGCUGCGCGGACGACAAGACCCUGCGCGUGUGGGACAGGGCGGCCAAGAAGGAGGUCAACCGCCUGGAUUUCCCCUCGAGCUUGAGCAGCCUGGAGGUGUCCAAAGACGGGUCUGUCUUGACCUUGACGUACGCCAACAAGGUCGCCUUCUACGAUGCCGAUAACUUGACGAAGAUCAGGGAGUUCACGCUGCCCACCACCGUAAACUCGGCAUCAUUGCACCCGGAUAAGAGCAUUUUUGUGGCGGGAGGGGAUGAUUUGAAGGUGUACAAAUACGAUUACACGACUGGAAAUGAGAUUGAAUCUUUCAAGGGUCACUUUGGGCCGAUCCACUGCCUGAAAUUCUCGCCAGAUGGCGAGCUGUACGCCUCAGGCUCGGAGGACGGAACUUUGAGGUUAUGGCAAACGACGGUUGGCAAAACGUAUGGGCUUUGGAAGUGCGUGGACGGCAACCAGCUUAACAAUGACGUCAUGUCCCCACCCAAAGAAGUACAGGCCAACUAA